UUUUCAAUUUCCGCGUUCACACUUUGGUUCACACAUAUUAUCAUAUACACUUAACCUUUCCACCCCUUUUCCAUCUCUUUCUAUUUUUAUUAUUAUUAUUAUUAAUUUUUUAUUGUUAAUCUCUUUCGCUUCAUCUCCUUUCCUUGUUUUCGUUGCUCUAAGACUCUUGGCUUUUCUGCAUCUUUUACCAUAUGAAACACAAAUACCCUUCUGUACCAGACGAAGAAGAUCUCUCUUACAUAUUCAGUUUGCUUCGAUCCUCGAUUGACCAAAUGAGUGAUAAUGGCAAUACUAGGAAGCGGCGAAGGAAAGACGGAAAUGAUGCUGAUGAUGAUUCGCCUGAGAAAGAAGACGAUAAGACGACGGGUCUAAAGGGUAUAGUCACUUCCAUAUUGUUAUUGGAUGAGCAGGAAAAGCAUGACCAAGAACAGCUUGAUAAGGCCUCAAACGAUGACAAGUUGUCGUUGGACGAGAACCACAAGAAGAAGACCAGAGCUAUGUUUGAUUACUACUCCAAUUUCCAAUAUUGUAAUUCUGAGGUCGAAGAAUCAGAGCGUUUGAAGAGGAAGAAAUCGAGGGCCAUGUCCAGUGCGGUGGCUGUGGCCGCGGCCUCUGAUGGGUUGGAAAAGAUCAAGUCCGGUUCGGCUGGUUCUGCCGCUACCGGUAGUGGACCGGCCGCGGGUCACCACCGCCGGUUGUGGGUCAAGGACCGGUCCAAAGCAUGGUGGGAUGAGUGCAAUAGUCCUGAUUACCCAGAAGAGGAAUUCAAGAAAGCGUUUAGGAUGGGAAGAGCCACAUUCGAUAUGAUAUGCGAAGAGCUCAAUUCGGUAAUAGCCAAAGAGGACACGACCCUGAGAACUGCAAUUCCGGUCAGGCAAAGGGUCGCCGUUUGCUUGUGGAGGCUAGCCACUGGAGACCCACUUCGGGUUGUGUCCAAACGCUUUGGUUUGGGGAUAUCCACCUGCCAUAAAUUGGUUCUUGAGGUCUGUUCUGCUAUAAGAACUGUUCUAAUGCCUAAGUACUUGCAAUGGCCUGAAGAUAGUGCCUUGAGAGAUAUAAAAGACGAAUUCGAAACGAUAUCAGGCAUACCCAAUGUUGUUGGGUCCAUGUAUACUACGCAUAUUCCGAUUAUAGCUCCGAAGAUUAGUGUAGCGGCCUAUUUCAAUAAGCGUCAUACUGAGAGGAACCAGAAAACUUCAUAUUCGAUUACGGUUCAAGGGGUUGUUGAUCCAAAAGGGGUUUUUACAGAUGUUUGUAUUGGCUGGCCUGGUUCAAUGCCUGAUGAUCAAGUGCUGGAAAAAUCGGCUCUUUAUCAGAGGGCCAAUGGGGGUCUUUUGAAAGGAGUUUGGAUCGUUGGGAGUUCAGGGUACCCACUAAUGGAUUGGGUUUUGGUACCUUAUACUCAGCAGCAUCUGACUUGGACUCAGCAUGCCUUCAAUGAGAAAAUUGGGGAGAUUCAAAAGGUUGCAAAAGACGCGUUUGCCAGAUUGAAAGGAAGGUGGUCUUGUUUGCAGAAACGAACGGAAGUGAAACUCCAAGAUUUGCCUGUUGUUCUUGGGGCUUGCUGUGUGUUGCAUAAUAUCUGUGAAAUGAAGAAUGAAGAAAUCGAUCCAGAACUUGUGUUUGAGCUUGUUGAUGAUGAAAUGGUCCCAGAGGUUGCUUUGAGGUCGUCAAGCUCAAUGAAGGCAAGAGAUGCUAUUGCUCAUAAUCUUUUGCACCACGGUCUUGCAGGCACUGCUUUUCUUUAGAGAGGAUAGAAAAUUUGUAAUCCUGUACUUUUUGAUAUUGUAAUUCUUUUGCUUAUAUGGCUCUGUCCUGGUAGUUUACCUAGGAAGCCAUUCUUCAUUUGUUGUAUAGGGGUUCUGUAUUAGAUUAGAUAGAUUUGCCCCUGCAGCCAGUGAAUGCUUUUAGUCUUUAUAGGCUUUUCAUAUACUUGAAAAUUACAGAAACAUGUAACCUUAGGUACCUCACACUCCAUUUACCUAAUAAGACAAAUGAAAUUGAACAUCAAAA